AUGAUGUUUUCUCUCUAAUGAAAGGGGAUGUGGCGAUUAGUGGAUGCUGCUGUUAUUGUCCUCUAGAUGGCAGUAGUGCUGAGCACACAGUUAGCAGAGGCAUUAUCCGAGUAAAAGCUCAGAGCAAGGAAAACUCGUGUGGAGGUUCAGUGCUGAAGAAAUCACGACAACACACUCCAGCUUUUAUAUUGAACCUUCUGCUGCCAGACUGUUUAUCUGACGGACACUUCAGCUGCUUGCCUUUAUUCAGUAUAUAUUGGGGCUCAACUGUAAAUUUCUCUACAGAAGCGAUCAGGAACGCUGGACUUUAUUUCAGCUGAUAUUUCAUACACAAACAGGCCUGAUGGAGGAGACACAGCAUGUUAAAAUGAGAGGAAAAACAAAAUCACUGAAGGGAAAAAACAAAAAACGUGUCACCUGCACUCAGUGUGGAAAGAGUCUGGCAGACAAAAAGAGUCUCACGAUCCACAUGCGGAUCCACACCGGAGAGAAACCAGUCACAUGUUCUCAGUGUGGGAAGAGUUUCAGAGACUCAUCAGCCCUUAGUAGACACAUGUUGAUCCACACUGGAGAGAAAACACACAAGUGUGAUCAGUGCAGCAAAACAUUUCUUAGGGCUUCAGAGCUGAAUGAUCACCUUAGAGUUCAUUCAACUGAGAAGCCUUCAUGCUCUGUGUGUGGAAAGAGUUUUGCAAAUGAAGUAAAUUUAAGAAAUCAUCAGAAGAUCCACACCGGUGUGAGAGAGUAUGUGUGCUCUGAGUGUGAGAAGACCUUUAUUACAGCUGCAAACUUACAAAAACACCAGAUGAUUCACACUGGAGAGAAACCGUACAAGUGUUCACACUGCGACAAGAGAUUCAGUCAGAUCUCGCAUCAGAAAACACAUGAGAGGAUUCACACUGGAGAGAAACCGUACAAGUGUUCACACUGCGACAAAAGAUUCAAUCAGUUAGGAAGCCGGAAAAUACAUGAGAGGACUCACACCGGAGAGAAACCGUACAAGUGUUCACACUGCAAUGAAAGAUUCUGUCAUUUAUUAAGCCUGAGAACACACGAGAGCAUUCACACUGGAGAGAAACCAUACAAGUGUUCACACUGCGACAUGAGAUUCAGUCAGUUAUCACAAAUGAAAUCACAUGAGAGCAUUCACACUGGAAAGCAACCGUACAAGUGUUCACACUGCGACAAAAGAUUCAAUUGGUUAAAAAGCCAGAAAAGACAUGAGAGGACUCACACCGGAGAGAAACAAGCGAGAUUCGAUCAGUCGGAAACAUUGAAAAACACACAAGAGUGUCACGUCUGAGACAGGGCUGUUCGAUUUUGGAAAAAAUCAUAAUCGCGAUUAUUUUGGUCAUGAUUGUAAUCACGAUUAUUCAAAACGAUUAUCAGUUGAAGUCAAAAUUAUUAGCGCUCCUGAGAAAUAACUAUUUAUAUAUAUAUUUAAAUAAUAUAUAUUUAAAUAACUAUUUCCCAAGUUAAGUUAGAGCAAGGAAUUUUAACAGUAUUUCCUCUAAUAUUUUUUUCUUCUAGAGUGUUAUUCGUCUUAAUUCGUGGAUUUGUCUUCUAAGUCUAAAUUGUUUUAUUUUAGCUUGAAUAAAAGAAGGUUUAAAUAUUUUGAAAUCCAUUUUAAGGUCAAUAUUAUUAGCCCCCUUAAGCUAUAUAUUUUUUGAUUGUCUGCAGAAGAAACUACUGUUAUACAAUGACUUGCCUAAUUACUCUAAUUAAG